AUGGCGUCAAAUCAACAAAAGAUUCAAGACCUUCAGUCUCGAAUCUCAAAGGAACGUAAGAUCAUUCAUGGAUUCCAAGUGAUGCGCACUGCUACGUCGAAUCAGGACAUCAUUCGAUCAUGCGACUCAAAAAUCCGAGAUAGUGAAAAGACUAUCAGUUUCUAUCAACAGUCCAUUCAAGAAUUAGAAUCUCCUUCCGAACAAUCUCCGACGGCACCCACGCCAACUUCUUCCACUUCCCUUCAACUUGCUUCUCCUAUUCCCAAGUCGGUCAAGCGUUAUACUGCAUUAGAUUUGAUCAAAUAUGACACACCCCUCACGGCGGCUAAGAUUGGUCGAAUGCUUCAUCAGCUUGAGUUCAAGAUUUGUGUUGAAAGUCAAUAUAAAAAUGGAAUCGAAAAGAUGAUCAAACUUUAUCAACUUGAGGGUGAUAAAAAGAGUCGUGCUGAAGCCGAACGGAAGCGUGUCGAGUCAAGUCAGAAGAUGCUCUUACUUGGUCAAGCACUCAAGCGUUACAAGACUUUAGAGGUCACUGGAAUCGAAGAUGAGGAUGCAGAAUCGGAAGAGCGCAAAGGACAUCCUCGUCGUCCCAUCUCGGGUGCCCUUCAAAUCACCAUCACUUCAGCUAGAGACCUCGACCAUGCUCCCCUGUCCUCCAAAAAAGGCACGACAGAAACAGUCGUAGUGGUCAAGGUCGAAGACACUCCCCGUGCUCGUACUCAUCCCGUCCGUAAUGAUCGCUGGCACGAAGAGUUUGAAAUUCAUGUUGAUAAGGCCAACGAACUUGAGAUCAUCAUCUAUGAUCGCAUCUCAUCCAAUCAAGACUCGGUCAUUCCGAUCGGAUUACUUUGGGUCCGUAUCAAUGAUGUAGUCGAGGAGCUUCGUCGCAAGAAGAUUGGUAACGAAUCCGGUCCGGGCUGGGUCACGGCUGCGCGGGUCAAUUCUAGAGGUGGGGGGAGCGCAGGCGAGCUGGCCAUCGGUGGCUCUGGUAGUUCUGGAUCGCCGAUCACGAGUCUCGGUUCACAGCCUCCCGGAAUACCCACUGGUGGAAACUCGUCAGAGGGAAUUGAAGCCUGGUUUGCGGUUGAGCCGGCCGGCGCGAUCGGCUUAAAUCUCAACUUUGUCAAGUCUAACGUCCGCAAAAGACCCUACGAGACCGCAGGUCUCGGACGACAAGGUGCGGUGCGAAAGAAAAAGGAAGAAGUCCAUGAACAAAAUGGCCAUCAAUUUAUAGCUCAACAAUUCUACCAGAUUGUACGAUGUGCCCUCUGCGGGGAGCUUUUGUACAAUGCUUCUGGCAUGCAGUGUUCAGAUUGCAAGUAUCUCUGUCACAAACGUUGUUUCACGAAGGUGGUCACGAAAUGUAUCUCCAAAUCGAAUGCAGAUGCAGACGAGGAUGAAGAAAAGAUGCUGAACCAUCGAAUACCUCAUCGAUUUGAGCCGAUGACUACCAUCACCCCCGCUUGGUGCUGCCAUUGUGGAAUGUUGCUACCGUUAGGACGAAAGAAUGCUCGCCGAUGUACAGAGUGUAGCAUGACAUCACAUGCCGACUGUGCCCAUCUUGUGCCCGACUUUUGCGGAAUGUCGAUGGAGACGGCCAAUAGACUUUUACAAGAAAUCAAGACCGCUAAGACCAGACAACACACUCGACUCAGCUCUCAUUCGCCUUUGAAACAAGAUCACAUUGGCUCGCCUAAUCGCCCAUCAGCCACCUCUACAAUUGAGUCAGCUGAGAAACUUCAUCAAGAAUUCGGUCGUGUUCAGCUCGGCGCGCCUUUAUCGACGCCCCCGAGCACCGAUUACCAUUCACGAGUCAGUUCAACCAAUAUACAACCUCCCCUUUCGGCUGGCCAUACGCCUGUCCCAAUCCAUCUUCCUUAUGGAGAGUCUGAUGGUCAAGAACGGCCGUCCGGGUCUCGCCCAUUGCCAACCCCUAUGGAACCCAUGCGAAUGCCUGAGCCUCCACCCCCUGGGCUCUUUGGACCGGGUCCACCUCUUUCUUCAGGCCCCGCCUCGCGUCCCUUGCCACCUCAACCACAACCAAGACUAUCCCAAGGUCCGCCUGCAAAUACUUCGCCGCAACAAAUGACAUCGCCGCAACAACAACCCACGUCAAAUCGAUAUGAUCCUCGCAUCACUUCACCUCCAAUGUCUUCGCCUACCAAAUCCAUCGCUUCUCCCAUUACCCCGAGUGGUAGCAGCACGGCUAUCAUUAGCACCCCAGCAUCGUCAAGAUCUAGGUCAGGUAGUAAAGCGCAGAGGAAAAUCGGAUUGGAUGACUUUAACUUCUUGGCUGUCUUAGGUAAAGGUAACUUUGGAAAGGUGAUGUUAGCUGAAGAAAAAAGAUCAGGCCAGUUAUGGGCCAUCAAAGUCUUGAAAAAGGAUUUUAUCAUUGAAAACGAUGAGGUAGAAAGUACGAAAUCCGAAAAGAGAGUCUUUUUGACGGCUAGUCGCGAACGACAUCCGUUCUUGAUUGGAUUGCAUUCUUGUUUUCAAACUGAGACUAGAAUUUAUUUUGUGAUGGAGUAUGUUAGUGGAGGAGAUUUGAUGUUGCAUAUUCAACGAGAGCAAUUUACUCCAAGACGAGCUAAAUUCUACGCUGCUGAAGUUUUGCUGGCAUUGGAAUAUUUUCAUCAAAAUGGAGUGAUCUAUCGGGAUUUGAAAUUGGACAAUAUCCUUUUGACGCUUGACGGCCAUAUCAAGGUUGCUGAUUAUGGGCUGUGUAAAGAAGAGAUGUGGUAUCAGAACACGACUAGCACAUUUUGUGGUACACCCGAGUUCAUGGCACCUGAAAUCUUACUUGAACAAAGAUAUGGUAGAGCGGUAGAUUGGUGGGCGUUUGGGGUGUUGAUCUAUGAGAUGUUAUUAGGACAAUCGCCAUUUAGAGGAGAUGAUGAGGAUGAAAUUUUUGAUGCGAUUUUAGAAGACGAACCACUUUAUCCGAUUCAUAUGCCAAGAGAUUCAGUUUCGAUUUUACAAAAAUUAUUAACUAGAGAUCCAUUAAGAAGAUUAGGUGGAGGACCUACUGAUGCAGAAGAGAUCAAAGCUCAUCCUUUCUUUAGGGAAACGGUUUGGGAAGAUGUGUACAGAAAGAGGGUACCUGCACCUUAUUUCCCUACUGUCAAUGGACCGAUGGAUGUAUCGAAUUUCGAUUCAGAAUUUACCAAAGAAAGUCCUAGAUUAACACCUGUUCAUAGUCAAUUGAGAGCUGAGGAUCAGAAAGAAUUUGAAGGCUUUUCAUGGACUGCCCCAUGGGCCCAAUAA